AUUUUGAUGAACCUAAGUCAAUGGCUGUAUUGUUGUGAAUCAGACAUCGAGUGACGUAAACGCUGGAACUCGGAUUCAAUUGUGUUGCUGCGGGAUGACGGCAACAAUAUCAUGAUUCUAUCCUUUCCUGAACUUCUGCUUGGAUAGUUGGGUGAAGACAAUGGAAAGCUAUUACAACUCAAAGGAAUUCCUUGAAUGGAAGAAAUUUGAGAGUGAACGAAACGCUGAGUUUGGGGAAAUUCCAGUUCCUCACAAGAAGCCAUCGAUUCUUCAAGUAACUAUUUUAAAAGGGAGAGAUAUCGAUAGGUCGAGUAUUUUGAAUAUAGUCGAUAAACCGAAUCCUCAGAUUAUGAUAGAAUAUCCAAUUGCUGACGGGCCAACAAAAUUUACAACAACCCGCCAAAUUGACACAAUAAACCCCGUGUGGAACGAAAAAUUUACAUUUAUUCUGCCCGAUGACUAUCAGGCGAAUGAUGAAGUGAAAAAGGCAAAAUUGAAAUUUUCUCUGAUUGUAGAGGAUUGGCAUGACGACAAUGACGUCAUUGCAGAGGAGUUUUAUAAUCCAUCAGACCUUCCGAUUGGAUUAGAGGUUGAGAAUCAGAUAGAUUUUAAGAGAGGAACUGUUACUAUGAGAUUCAAAAAAGAAGUUGGAGUUGAGCCAAAUAUUCGCUUCUCAAUGAAACUUUCGGACGAAGAGAUGAAUUUUCGAUAUAAGCGAAUUCCAAAAACGAUGAAAGCAUUACAAAAUAUACUCGGUGUGGACGAUGGUCCCAAAGAUAUAUUCGAGACGCCAGUUAUAUCUAUGGCAUGUUCCGGAGGUGGAUUCAGAGCUAUGGUUGGAAUGUGUGGCGUUGCUGAAGCCCUCACUGAGACAGGAUUGCUCGAUUGUAUGACAUACACUGCUGGAGUGUCAGGGUCCGGCUGGUACUUAUCUAGUGCUUACGCACGACAUGCGAUGAGAGAUGAAAUAAAACAAAAAAUGUAUCACGAAUGGUUGAAACAAUCGGUAUCAACUUCAAUUACUGGAGAAAUUUUGAGCGUAGAAAAGAUGAUUGAAUUCGGGUACGUUUCUUAG